CUGGAAACAAUCGCAAUAACAUCCGAUCAAACGCACAGCAACAAUGGAUCUAAGAGAAAGCAUCCGCAACCAGAACGACGUAGCUUUGGGACUGACCAAGAAGCUACUUCAGACUGAGGGCAAGGAAUCGAACCUGGUCUACUCGCCGCUGUCCAUCCACGUGGUGCUCAGCCUGAUCGCGGCCGGGUCGAAGGGUCCCACCCAGGACCAGCUCCUCUCCUUCCUCAGGGCCAAGUCCGCCGAUUACCUCAACUCCUUCGCCGCCGAGCUCGUCUCCGUCAUCUUCUCCGACGGGUCCCCCAGCGGUGGGCCCCGCUUGUCAUUUGCGAAUG